AUGGAUCUCUUUGAAUUCGACUUUUUCAGAGACUGGGAGCUUGAACAACCAUGUCAUCUGGAGUCGGAGCGCAGCGCCCUGAAGAGGAGAGAGUGGGAGAGGAGGAACCAGGAGGUCCAGCAGGAUGAAGACCUGUUCUCAACUGGAUUCAACCUGUUUGGAGAACCUUACAAAACUAAUAAAGGUGAUGCAUUGGCCAGUCGCGUCCAGAACACGCUGGGCUCCUACGAAGAGAUGAAAGACCUGUUAACCAGCCACUCCAACCAGAGCCACUUGGUGGGAAUCCCCAAAGGCAGCAGUGCGAACAACAACCUGCAGACCCCGACCACUUCAACGACAGACAGACCCGCCAUGGAGUCCCAGCUUUUCAAUGACACCUUAAGAGGGGGAGCAGGUGGAGGAGGAGGAGGAGGAGGAGGAGCAGAGGCAAGUGGGGAUAAGAGGAUGGGAAAUGCACCAUCGUCAUCUUCAGCCUCCAUGCAACCUCCUGCUUCGACCACGUCGUCAUCAAGCACGUCGACAAUCCCACAUCAGACUUCGAAGAAGUCACGGAGCUCCAUGGACUGGUCAAGGGGAGGCCACGGACAGAGUACCCAAGGACCGGGCCUCGUCCUGGGGUUAGGACAGAACGGCCAGGGGCAGGCUGCUGGAGCUGCCAGUGGCAGAGGGAAAAUAUCUUUAUUAGAGGAGCAGCAAAUGCAAAGGCAUGAAGAGCUGUUUAGCUCACUGAAAGAUGAACUGGGUCUAAAAGAAGAUUCAAGCCCUUCUUCUUCCUCUUCCUCCUCCUCUUCCUCAUCUUCCUCUUCUAGAAGGCACUCUUCCCACCCCUCCAAAACCCUUCCUCUCCCAGAUGGUGGCAAUUUUCGAUCUUCCACCAUGGACGGUGGCCAUUUUAAGUCUUCCGCUAACACAGAAAAUGGUGGACAUUUUAAAUCCUCCCCGUUUGAAAAUGAAACAGGUUCUCACCUCUCGACAUCCUCCUCCCCGCUGGCUUCCACUUCGGUUCUGACGACGCCUACUCCCGGUCUAACCACUCCCACAUCUGGAUUAACUACCCCCACCUUCCCACCUGGUAGCCUAUCAGGGAAGCCAGUCGCCGUUCAGCAGAAGCCCACCGCGUAUGUUCGACCAAUGGACGGCCAAGACCAGGCGCCGAGCGACUCUCCCCAGCUGAAACCGCCCCUAGUGGCAACAGAGGGAUUCAACGGCAGCAGUCAGGCUUAUGGAGGAAACUCUGGGAACGUGAAGAAUAAACUGCCAAAACUGAGUCUCAGCCACACAGGGGAGGUAAACAGCACUCAAGUCAAGUGGAUACACAAGUAUAUUUGCGAGGCCCUGCGAGCGAGGCUGCGAGAAGAGCGAUGUAGUGUAUCAGCUAACAAGCCUGCUGCUAAACCACCAACUGCACCACAGAAGUCGAUGUUGGAGGAUGACCUGAAGAUCAGCAGCGACGAGGAAGAGGCCGAACAACAGGUGUCUGACAAGCCCAAAGCAAGAGGCACAGCCCUGAGUGGUGCAUCAGGGAGCAGCAGCGAAUCAGAGAGCAGCUCGGAGUCGGACACAGACGAGUCAGAGAGCAGCUCCAGUGACAGCGAGUAUAACCAGGCCUCCCGCACACACACUCCAGAGCCUGAGCCGCCCUCCACCAACAAGUGGCAGCUGGACAGCUGGCUGAACAAGGUCCAAGCUCAAACCAAACCUCUGGUUCCCCCACAGCAAGAACAUCAUGGUACAGGCUCCAUCAACCAGGGUCCAGAGACUUUCUCUCCAGGGAAUGAAGCACCAGGAGUGGGUACGGCUGCCAAGGCCAAGCCCUGCGGAUCCAAUAGCACCCCUGUUCCAGCUGCACCAGCAGUGGAGCACAAGGAUACGAGGGGAGCUUUCUGCCCGGGCAGAGAGAAGGCCAAGGCCAAACUCAGCCAGAAGACCUCAGGGGAGGGCCAGAGGGCGAAGAUGAGGCUGUCGCCGGGCCUGUUGUCAGGGCCAGAGGUCACGACCCCGAGGAGGAACACCACAGGGAAGAAACAGCCCAGACGGACAGAGAGGUCAAACAGUGUGGAGGAUAAUCAGAACCAGACAUGGAGCAGAGCAAACCAGCACAGCCCUGCAGCGCGGGAGAAGGACCUGUUGCCUCCCCCCUCCCUGGAGCAUCAGAACCCCACAAGGCCGCGAAGCAAACCCCCCAGUGGGAAAACAGCCCCCAGGAAAGAACCUCGCAGUGCUACCAAUUCAAACAACAACACAGUUACUCCACCAGCAGCGCUACAGCAGACCCCUGUGCCAAUACCUGCUGUCAGUGUAAACCAGCAGGACAAGAGGAAACACCGAGGCCCGAGCACCAGAAUCACACCCAAGUCCAGAGAAUUCAUCGAGACAGAUUCCUCCUCCUCCUCCUCAGAAUGCCAGUCGGAUACAGAGGAAGCCAUCAAAAUCCCCGCUCUGCCGCAGACGACACGCUCUGCGAUUAACACACAGACUCUGUCCAACACGCACAUACACACGCCUCUCCUCCCGUGCCUCGGCUCUGCCGGCAGUAUGGGCAGUCUGGGAGCAUUUGGAGGGAAAGGACUGCGAGUCAAAGAUGGUAGCAAUGUGACCACUAAUGGUAGCAGCAGUAGUAAUAGUAGCAUCAGCAGCAGUAAUAAUGGCAGCACUAAUAGCUGUAACUCCCUAAGCAUUAGCAACAUAAGUGGUUCAUUCGGUACUUCUGUUCCUGAUCCUGGAGGGUUAGGAGGGCAGUGCAAGGACCUGGAGUCCAUGUCCCCACCUUCCAACAUGGGACACGAGGUGCCUCUCUCCCCCCUCAGGGAGUACCCGGAGAUCCAGAGUUUGUGGGUGAAGAUCGACCUGAGUUUGCUCAGCAGGGUGCCGGGCCAGGGUUUGGGGGAAAGAUCCAGGGUGGGACUCGCAGAGAGGGACGGCAGUGAAGGGAGAGACACAGAGAGACCGGGCGAGAGGACAGGGGUGGCAGAGAGAGACAGACAGAAGCAGGAAGACAGGGAGUGGCCCGGGCUGAGAGAAAGACAGAAGUUAACUAAAGGGGAGAGACAGGAGGAAGAAAAUGAGCGAUUAGUGCAGGACAGAGAGAGGCAAGUGCAAGAGCAGAGUAAUCCCAGGCUGGCUGGGAGGACGGACAGAGGAGAGAAUGGAGGGAAACACAGGAGACAAGCAGCUGCGAACAUGAUGGUCCCAACAGAGAAACACACCAGCAAGAACAAGAGGAAACACAAGUCGGACCACACUGAGUCAUCAGUCAACGGCAAUAAGAAGCUGCGAUUGGACAAGGACUGUCAGCUCCUCCCACCCUGCAUCUCUCCAAUACACAACCACAAGAACAGCUCCACAGACAGCUCUCUGAACAGGAAGCAAUCUCGACGGCGCAACGAGAAGCUGCUUCCUCCCCUCCUGUCCCCGCUCUCUGACGACCCCCCGCGCAAACGAACCUGCGACGGCAGUUCCUCUCUCAGCCAGGAGGCCGGCGCCUCAGGGAUUCUGGCCUGCUCCACUACAUCCACCGCCUCUUCCUCCUCCUCCUCCUCCUCCUCCUCUCACAGACACAGGAGAGGUGAAGGCAAGGUGUCGUCACAUGCGAGAAAUGUGAGCAUUUCAAUGCCAUCCCUACAACAGGAAAUGGAGCCCCACGGCGAGAAGCCCUGUGGAGAUGGCUACCAUGCCAACGGACAGUCAGACUCCGAGGUGUGGUCGGAACCACUGAUGGAACCUGCAGAACCUCGCAGGCCAAGGCUGUCGUUCAGUGACACGUAUACCCUACACAACUCGGGGGUCUUGGAUAGUAGGAACCAUUUGAAGACCUCCGUGUCUCUUCCUCUGCUUGCCUUUGAUAUAAUUCAUCUAAUUUUAGGGAUGAUACCUCUUCACACAGUAGUCCACAGUGCAGACUACUACAUGCAGGAAGCCAAGAGACUCAAGCACAAAGCUGAUGCUUUGAUGGACAAAUUUGGUAAAGCGGUGAACUACGCAGACGGUGCGCUCUCCUUCAUAGAGUGUGGAAAUGCUAUGGAGCGAGAUCCACUAGAGGCCAAGUCACCGUACACCAUGUACUCCGAGACCGUGGAGCUAAUCAGGUAUGCCAUGAGGUUGAAGAACUUCACCAGCCAUUCAGCUACUGUCGCUGAGAAGAAACUAGCUGUACUGUGUAACCGCUGUCUGUCUCUGCUGUAUCUGAGGAUGUUCCAUCUGAAGAAAGACCACGCUGUCAAGUACUCACGGUCGCUCAUGGAGUACUUCAAGAAUUCAGCCAAGAGUUCCCACCAAGCACCUUCUCCUUGGAGGACCAACGGGAAGGUCAAUGGGACUCCAUCGCCCCUCUCACUCAGCCCCUCCCCAGCCAGCAAUGGAGGAGGAGGAGGAGCAGGAGGAGGAGGAUCUGGAGGUGCCACAGGUUCAUUGGGCAGUGUGGCUAUUCCCCAACGGAUUCACCACAUGGCUGCCAGUCACGUUAACAUCACCAACAACAUCCUGCGGAGCUAUGAACACUGGGAGACGGCUGACAGACUGGCCACUGAUAGCCAAGAUUUCUUCCAGGAGCUGGACUCGGUGAUGGAGCCGCUGAGUCAGCAGAGCAGCAUGACUGAGCUGGUCCUAUACAUCAGGCAGGGACUGCACUGGCUCCGCAUAGAGGCUCACCUGCUGUAG